AUAUGGCGUUACGAUCGACUUUGCCGCCGGGCCGGUGGCCAUGGCAACGGCAACGGCGCAACCGGUGCCACCGGUGCAACGGCAGCAACGGUCUCCGACAGCCGCUGAGCGUGAUCGUCAGCUCCGAGUGUUCUGCGGAAAACGUGGUGUUCGCUCGGUCCGCGCUAAUUUGACUUCGAAAGUUCUGGUGCUCUCGGAAGAGGAUACCUUGGCGCUACUGUUCUGCGAAAUGGUGCGGGAACUCAAACAAGUCGAAAGUCUUGUCGAAAGAUGUUCCGAAGCGAGAGGCUGGACGUUCCGAGUUCUGAAUCUCCCCCUGGAAGAAGCAGCUCCGCGGUCGAAGAUCAGGACCCAAGGAAGGAUCAAGACGGCACGAAUUUGAGUCCGAACAUGUCGAAGUCAUUAAGUACCAGUGCCAAGAGGAUCCAAAAGGAACUCGCGGAAAUUACGCUGGACCCACCGCCUAAUUGCAGUGCGGGCCCUAAAGGAGAUAACUUGUAUGAAUGGGUGUCCACCAUUCUCGGCCCACCAGGAUCUGUCUACGAGGGUGGGGUGUUCUUUCUGGAUAUCCACUUCAGUCCAGAGUAUCCGUUCAAGCCACCAAAGGUGACAUUUCGUACUCGCAUCUAUCAUUGCAACAUCAACAGCCAGGGAGUGAUAUGCCUAGACAUUCUCAAGGACAACUGGAGUCCUGCCCUGACCAUUUCCAAAGUUCUGCUAUCCAUAUGUUCUCUACUCACAGACUGCAACCCAGCGGACCCACUGGUGGGCAGCAUUGCCACUCAGUUCAUGCAGCAGCGAGAGGAGCACGACCGCAUUGCCCGGCUCUGGACAAAGCGCUAUGCCACAUAAGCCUAGCUAACCAACUAGUGGUUGCGAUGACGUUAAUUAUUGAUGUGUACACUCCUCCCUCACUCCCUCCUCCAUCCCCACCUCUGUUUUAAGUUUUGCUUAGCUCGGAGGACUCGACAUCUGUCUGUCUGUCCCUGCCGGCCUACUUUUGUUGGUUUCCUAAGCUGGCAGGCAGUUUGGUGAAGUUUGUGAUUGUGUUCCAGAGGCUGUACAAAAGUUGCAUUGCUCUUUUUUUUUUUUUUUUCUUCAAGCGAGUACAAUUAGGCAGUGUGUGUAUGCAUGUGCAUUCACACACCUGCCUCGCUUGCACAUGCAUACAUCUGUAUAUAGUUUCCAAUGAGAAAGACUUCCCAUUUGCUUGAUCCAUGCUUGUUCAUAUGUUGAAUAUCUAGGGUUGGUACAUAGUGGUUAAGUGGUAUGAUGACGAUUUUCCAGAAGGACUGAAGCCUUUUUGCACAAAUUGGAUUAUCCAGCUCCCAGGAAUGACUAUUGGACAUUAUGACUUGAUUGUUUUUUACUUUUUGCCUAUGAGUAUUGUGGUGUAAAGAGGUAUGUUUGAGAAAUGCUGUGGCUGAAGUUUGUUAAGGGCACUGGCUAAAGAUUUACUUUUGAACUACUCAAGGGAUCGGAGUGAAAUUUGCAACGGAGAUUUAACAUAAGAUGUCGGUGUAUUGUGCAAAUUUUCAGCUCUCUGGGACAAUUUUACAUACCUGCAUAAGAUGUGUCACACUUUAAGAGAUCUCUGAUAUGCAAAUGAAGCUAUUAAGCAUCAUUUUGACUGCUUGAAUAUAAAGUGGGGAAUGUGGGACUUCGAGCUAUCUAGUUUUUAUAAUUCAAAUGCAAAUAAUUCAGGAAGAGUCAUUACCUUAAAUAAUGAGAUGCAUUACCUUCAAACAAAAUAUUCCUUCGUAUGAAAUUUGCAGCAAAAAGUGGAACUGAGAAAAAUUAAUUCGAACAUAGAACUUUUUAAAUUUUUUACAGCCUCACAAUGUGCUGAAAAUAUUUUAUAUCAACAUAACUAUUUGGUGUAUGGUUAUCAAAUUUAGUGUAAAGCGCGAAACACAUGUACAACGAAACCGUCCAAUCCGACGUCCGACCAUGUAAUACGACGGUCGGAGGCGAGGGUUUUCAACGCUCGCCGAUGCUACGAAAACCCUCGCCCCCCAAGGUCAUUCCGGCAGUCCGCACGUCGGGUCGGACGGUUUCGUCGUACAUGUGUUUCGCACUUUAGGGUGUAUAAUUAAUUUCUAAAACCAAAAAACUCAAAUUCGAAAAAUGAUUUUUUUUUUCUUUCUUUUUCUAUUUGAAAUUUAGGUUUUUGUCCCCCUGCCUGUCACUUGCAUGAUUUCAGGUCGUGGUGCGUGGGAAGCCAGUUAGUUAUUUCUUGGGGCUAGGCAUUUCAUGCAUAUAUUUUCAGCGGAUCGAAAGAUGCUAAUUGUUUUUAGUAAUGAUUUGUUUUACAACAUUUAAAUUAUUAGCCUUUUGGUAUUGAACUGUUUUUCUUUGCAAGUUAUAUUGCAGUAAAAAUGCCACUUAUGGCAUGAAUAUUUGUUUUUGUCAUUUUGUAGUCUACUUAGUAUUUCAGAAAAAAUGACAAAUUGAGGCCAAUGAAAUGCAGCUUUGGGGUGCUCCACUUCAUAAUGUGUUGGCAUACUGCAAAUGUUAAUGGUCACCCAACUCUUAGGUUGACUUGCAUAAUUUCUGUGCAUUUCUUGAGGCAUUCUUUGAUUUUCUUUUUUCAGUGUGUGUGUGUGUAUAUGUGUGUGCAUGUGUGUUUCACUUAACCAAGAUCUUUGGACUUAUGUGGAGGCAUUCUGUAGGUUCUGUGACUUCCCUUCUCACUUCUGGAAGGAAAACUCCACCCUGAUUUUAUUUUGUGUGGCUGUUUGGUGGUAUGUCGGUCGGACCACUGUCAUUCCAACUCUAAGCUUGGAAGUGGGCAGGGAGGUGGGAGGAACAUCAAACUGUUUUGGUUGACGUCACAGUGUUGGGUUGGCUGAAUUAUUGCUUGGAUGUGCGACAUUUUGUUUUGUUUCUUCAUAUUUUUUUCCCCUGAUUAUUGACCUCAGUUUUGGGGGAGGGGCUGUGGAGGAGGCGAGAUUUCUAGUUUACCAAGUUUCAUUCUCGUUUAGGGAAUAUAAGAGGUUGCUCCUGUUUCUUGCAUUUGGAGCACCAGAAACUGCUUCUUUGUGAAGCAUAUGUUUGGACAAGAUAUACAAGUUUUUUUUUUUCCCUUCUGUUGCUGAUGUAAUUUCAAUUUUGCUGCACGUGUAUAACACUUUCCUUUCUGCUUGUUACAUAGUGUUUGUGGUGUUGUGUAAUUUAAAUCUUAUAUACAAAGUACAUAAACAAUAAAAACAGCAAAACUUGAA